AACAUCGAUCGACUAAUAGCAGAACAAACCGCGUGAACGGAUGAAGCGUGCGUAUAUGAAACCAAUUGGUGCACGCUAUUGCGUCAGCCGCUGCAGUCCGCACUCUGUACACACGAGUCACGACUCUGCUGUGAUCCCGUGUGCCGAGCAAAAAUUGUACUACAUACCGACUAAAAACAAUAUUUUUCCAAGGAUAAUUUAAUACUUUGCUCCUGCUUACAGCGUCAACGCAUAACCACGCAGCUUAUACCCACAAACGUCACUGUUCAUUGCAGCCUGUCAAAGUAUUCGUAUCUCGUAUUAUCUUAAUCGAGAUUUGAGAGCAAUAUCAAAAUGUCACCAAAAACCAAGGAUAAUCCUAGAAAUAGAAAAAAAGUAUCUGCAUCUGAGGAUGAUGAUGACGAGGAUUACAGAAAACGAAGAGAUAGAAAUAAUCAAGCUGUUAAAAAAUCAAGAGUUAAGAGCAAACAAAAAACACUACAAACUCUGGAAAGAGUCAAUGAAUUAAGAACAGAAAACGAAUUACUGGAAGAAAAGAUAAACAUGCUUCAGAAAGAAUUGGGUUUCCUUAAAGACUUAUUUUUAGCUCAAGCUGGCAGCUCGAAUGCUUUGAAACAUUUUGAAAGCGUUAAUUUACAAGAAUUGUUGGGAGAUGGCGAGGAUGAUAACUCAAAAUCGUAACCGGAAGAAUAUACUUCAGUUCAAUAAAGUGUUGACUUCAAAAUAGUUUGCACAACUAUUUUGAUGCAAUCUUGGUUUAAUAAACUUUAUGCUGACCAGUUUUGGAUUAACUAUAAAAGAUAUAUAUUGGCAGUACAGAAGAAUUUUUAAUUUUCAAGAAAUUAUUGAAUCUGAGAGUCAUUAAGCCAAAACAGGUCAAUAAACUAAAUGGCAAUUUUUGAAUUUGUCUUGUAUUACAAUAAGUUGAUGGUUGAUUAGCCAUGCACGAUCAUUUGUUAUGUUUUCUCAGAAUGACAUAAUAUUGUAGAAUUGUUGCGUCAUAUUUUUUACCACGCUGAAAAAUUUAUCAAUGUGUUGCUAGUGAAAAGCAUAUUUAAGAAAGAAUUCUACAGCUUGUCAACUUUUUAACAUUCUGUUUUUUCAUAAGAUCAGUGUAUUUAUUUUUAUAUGCAUUUUCACAUUGAUGUAGCUGAAACUAAACUCUGUGAAGAACAAAAUGAAAGGACAUAAAUGAGAUAUUUGUAAGUAUUGUAUAGAUAAUUUAUGUGUAUAUAUUAUAGCAUAACUUGGAAAUAUAACUGUAAAUUAUA